CUCAAACAAACAAACAACAUCCACCGACGUGUGUGUCCGAGAUUCACUUCCUCUCUCAUCCUCUUCUGAUCCCGCCGCCACAAAACCUCCUACCUCUCCGCCUAUAGCUGUUAACUGUUAUAAAGCCCGGUAACAAGCAGCUGAGGAAUAAGAAGACGUCCUGAUGAUGAUGAUGACUUCACUCGGUAUGGAUGGUGGUGGUGGCGGUGGUGGAGGAGGAGGGAGAUUUAUGACGUAUCCGCCGCCUCUUUCCGUGCCUCCGUCGGCUCCUCAGUCACCUAACUUCUCUGGUGGUCUCCGAUCACAACCUUCUUUCCUCGUUGAGCAAGAAAAGUAUCUUUCUGAAUUACUUGCAGAGCGCCACAAGCUUACUCCCUUCUUGCCUGUGCUCCCACAUGUCUUCCGUCUGAUGAAUCAAGAAAUAUUGCGUGUAAGAACGCUGUUGGAGAAUGCAUUAAUUCAGAGUAGGUUUGACCACCCUCCUAGCCCUCUGUCUUCUGGAGGGAUAUUUCAGAAUUCAAGAGCUGACAUGAACAGAUGGCCUUCACAGUUUCCAUCAGAAAGAUCUCUUUCAUCAUCUCCAGCACCAAAUUGGCUAAACUCUCCUGGUAACUCGUCCGGUCUCAUUGUAAAACGAUCAAUCAGGGUGGAUAUUCCAGUCGACAAGUAUCCAAACUACAAUUUCGUUGGCCGUCUCUUGGGACCUAGAGGAAACUCCCUAAAACGAGUUGAAGCGAGCUCUGAAUGCCGUGUUCUUAUCAGGGGGAGAGGCAGCAUUAAAGACCCAGUCAAGGAGGAAAUGAUGAGAGGGAAACCAGGGUAUGAGCACCUGAAUGAACAGCUCCACAUCUUAGUGGAGGCAGAGUUGCCCAUUGAGAUAGUGGAUGCACGUCUCAUGCAAGCUCGUGAAAUCCUAGCCGAUCUACUUACUCCAGUGGAGGAGACGCAUGAUUUCUACAAGAAACAACAGCUAAGGGAACUGGCGCUUCUCAACGGUAGUCUUAGAGAAGAAGGUUCUCCAUCUCCAAUGUCUGGUUCCGUCUCUCCUUACAAUAAUAGCCUCGGAGGCAUGAAGAGAGCCAAGACAAGGGACUAAACAAAACAAAACUCAUCUCACCCUUUUUCAACAAAGGUAUAAUUAUAUAUUGCAACGUAACCACACUUCCCUUCUUCAAACAAGAAGGCUUUUGAAGGUUCCAUCUCCAUCCCCAUCCCCACCUGGCUGCUACCGGUACCCUUCAUAUAUGAGUCUGUGUCUGUUUACUUAUGUGUCCCGGAGAGAGUUCAGAUGACAGAACUACAGGAGUCUGUAUCUUUGUGUAUCUGUCUCUAUCCGAGGGUUAGUUUUGGCUUUGCUUUUGUUCUUUUGGUUCAGUGGAGACUAGUGAUAAGCUUUGUUGCUUAAUUUUGGGUAAAAACAUAUAAUGUUUUGUGUUUUGGUAAUGAAUUA